AUGGACAAGUCGAAGACACCCCCAUCCGAACCUAGUUGGCGGCGCCGCGCCUUGCAAAGAGAGCAGUACUUCGUCAAUAUCACACACCAACGCUCGACGUCCUCAGACGACGGCACCGCAACACCCUCCUCCGCAUCGCCCGCGCCGCUCUCGUCAGCCCAACAGUCACGACCUCACUUCAUUCCCAACGUACCACCUCAGGGCUUGGCACCACAGCUGAAAUUAGAUACUCACGUGGGUGACUUACUAGCCACAGGAAAAUCUUCACCAAACCUCACACCUUCUGGAGGAACAUCACCUGCCUCGCUAUGGUCACGGCGAGCCUUGUCCUUGAAACCCGUCAACACUCGCGGCAAUCGACCCACAGACUCGGACAACACGAGCCUCACUAUCAGCACUUUCAGCGUCGAAAGCGGCGAGCGCGCCUCAUUGAACACGCAUCCUUCCACCACCUGUGAUAACACAGGGAACGUCACGAGCGCCGCCAUGCUUUCGCCAGCCAGCCUCUUCACGGCAAACAUCAACGCGCAGAGCGCUGGGAGGCGCUCCUCUGCACCGACCACAAAUGCAACCCACUCGAAGAAGCCUAAAGGCCAAGGCGGAAUGCUGUCUGCUUGGAACCGCAGGAAGAAUAAGAACUUGCCCGACGACAGGAAUCCUAAUGUUGGAUCACUGUCUGCUAACGCUAAUAGCACGAAACCCUCGCCAGCCGACAGUUCGCGGAGCUGGGCGACCGAUGCAGGCACUUCGCCCCUAGAUUCAAUGCGCUCGCUGCAGUUCCCGACUUCUGCCGUCAAAGCCAGUGACGCUCACUCACUGAAGCCGAGAGCUCGUUCGGGCAAGCCCGAAGAAGCCGAGAACAUCGAAGAACUGUGCGACCUACUCAAUGAGCAGCGCAUCCGGCCGGGUGAUGCGAAAGAGGUCGCCGAUGGACCCAAGAGCGCGUUCGACUGGAGCAGCAGUGAUGAUGAUGAUGACGUUCCGGCACCAAAAGAGCCAAAGGAACCAAAGGUAAGCAAAGGCGCGUUUUCACGUUUCAUGAAGAGCAACAAGGUGGCGGCAGCGGCAGCAGGCAAGCAUGGGGCAGCGGCAGCAGAGGCAAACGUGGGAAUGGACAGCGAUGAGGAGGCCAUAAGGAAGCUUACGGUGUUGUUUGCGCCGGGAGGCGCCGGUGGAAGCCGUGCAAACGCUUUCAGAGAGCACCCAGAGUUGCUGGAUAUGGUGGCGAGCAGGGGCGAGGUGCCGGUCGGCAAGGCGAAGAUUCAUCACGUGAUCGAUACGACGCAGGCUCAAGCUGCUGGCUUUAGCCGGGACGCAGCGGUCAAGAGGUCAAGCGUGCUGAAGCUAUUUGACGACCCAAUUUGGGGGGGAGAGUCAGUGACCGGCCAGGAUUUUAGAGAGCGCGAGUUUUCCACGCUGAAGCCGGGUUCAAAUGCCUACAACCGUGCAAGGGCGAGGCCGUCAAGGCUGUCAACGUCAAGAUCCAUGCCUUCUUUGAUGGCCACCCCGGAGAAGACAGUCCAACAGAAGGCUACUGACGACAUCAACAUCUCUCCCGGGAAGCAUCGUCAGGGCAGAGACGAUAUGGAUGUACCUCCAGUGCCCUCUCUUCCCUCGAAAGACUCGCCGUUGCUGGUUCGCAGUUCAACGACCGAGCAGGAGAAAGCGAGCAUCGCUCAAGGCUCCAACAAGAACGAGGCGCAUGCAGCACUGGUCAUCAGCCCUCCUUAUCCGCGGAAGCCUGUCGAUUUAGUUGUCUCGCCGCCGAUUUAUGCACUUCCGGUAGCUGGCUCUAGUGUGCCAAUGACCCCUUCGAAGCUCAGGCAGACAACUGGCGCCGACGAUAGCUUCAAGCCACGCGAGGGUGACCCAUUCAUGGAGGAUAUCUUUCCGCCAACGAAGAAAGCUUCCUCAAAGUCCUUUGAUUCCGGCCGCGCAGCAAGCGAAGCACAUUCUGCCAGCUUGGAGAUGGCUCGAAUCAAUACUGGCUCAUCAAAUUCAGUCAGAGCACCGUCGUCAUCUGCCGCAUCAUUCGCAUCGUCGAGAUUUGCCACGCCAUCCUUGAAGUCGAAGAGGCUGGAGAAGCCAAAGGAACCAACAUUCGCCGAUGCUACCAUGCCACGCUCGUCCAGCGGGACCGUCGCAGAACCAAGGAGAUUCGACUUGCUUCCGCCGGCCCUCGAGCAGAAGCGCCUGAGUAGGAUGAAAGCUGGCAAAGACGUUGUCCGUCGUGGAAGUCAGCUUGGCCUCUUCCCGAUGAAACCGGUCGGAGAGAUCACUGGUCAGGAGUUCGAAGCCGUCGGUCUGGCUGCCACUAUCCCGGAGAAGGACGCUUCCGCCGCAAGGAAGAGCAAAAUUCUCGGAAGCUUCUUCAAGAAAGUGCGCGACACGAGUCAGCAGACCAAGGACCAGGCUGAGGACGUUUGUCAGCAGCUGAACGAUCACGCUGCACUUCGCUUCUUAGGGGACGCGAAGGCCAGCCACAUCGACUCACCAAGCGCAGAGGCGCGAGCACAUUUCGAGAAGGCAUUGCAGCUCUUGACCGGAGCCGGCGAGGAUGUCACUGUCAAGGAGCACAAGAAGCCGAAUGCCAACCCGCCUGUGGGUUUGGGCAUUAUAUCAGAGCAGGGCAGCACCCUUGCUCAAGAGCCGUUCAUUAUCCCAGACAGCUACCGCCUCACAGCAGGUCCUGGUUCAGACUCUGCAGAGUGUGCGCACAGCAAGGCCGCGAUGACUGAUACUGGAGGCUUCACUAAAGGUCCGACCACCCAGGAUCACGACACAGAAAGUGUGUCGAGUGCCUGCUCCGUAGAGACUGUCGAAGAGUAUCAUGCACCCGAGGGUUACCCUGGUAUCGUCACUGGUCAGCGCUCUGCAUCAAUGCCAAACAGCCUCACGCCAGCGCCGCUGAGGGUGCAGAAGCGUCGGCCACAAGCGCCGGCACUUCAGACUCUCAAAGUCGAUCGCAGUUCAAAGUUCGUCCGGCUUGAGAAGUCGCCGUCUUUCGUGCCUCGCCGCGACAGCACGUUCAUGAGAAAGAUCCGAGAGGCGAGUGAAGCGAAGGAAGUCGAGCUUGGAAGCCACCCUGCAAUGCGCGAGGUGUCGCAGGCGCUGGAUGACCUUUCGCAAGACAUCAAUGAAUCCAUGACACGAUUCCACUCACAACCACAGCUCGCUAGAGUCGACUCUGGUUUAGAUUGGGGCGUGAAUGAGAUUCGCGAUGAAGGCGAUGCGAAGCGCAGUACCAGGGAGCAGAAGUCCAUGGACCAGCGUCUCUCCAGGGAAAUUAUCAUCAGCCCAUCGCCUAGCAACAGCCUCGAGCAUCACAGGUCAUCGGCGCCGAGCACAAAGACCAACUAUAGCCGCCUUUCCGUCAAGGUCGACAUGCAGAAGCUGCGCAACGAGAUGGAUCUUCAGCCGCUGCAACUGCCCGUAGGUGACGACACACCUCGUCACCCGAACCACCCCUUCACCUGGGACCACGAGAAGGUCAUGUGCCGCGGCAUCCACAACCACCGCGACCCGCAGCCGGAGUUCCCAGAAGUCCCGAAGGGCUGGAAGAUUCCUCUACCCCGUGUGAACUCAAUGUACUUCGACAAGCGCGAGCGCCCAGACGACACGGACAAUUUGCAGAAAUGCAGCAUCUGCGGCAAGCUCUGCUGCAUGUACGCCGGCCUCAUGGUCGCCUUCAAGACCACCGGCCAGGACAUCGAAGCGAAGGCGAAGCGUUUGAAGGCUGAGGAUCGCAUCAGUCAGUUGCGCGGCGCUCAUCCGAACGGGAUUGAAGAGUACGAGACGUUUGUCGUGUGUGGGAUGUGUCGACGCAAAGUCUGUCCGGGCUGUGCGAGUCGUUGCAUGGACGAACUUUGCAGUGAUGUUUAUUGUGUGGAGUGUGGGCAGGGCGUGGACCGGUGUCCGAUUCACAACACGUUCUAG